CUGGUCUCAAACUCUUGAAAUCAGGUGAUCCACCUGCCUCAGCCUCCCAAAGUGCUGGGAUUACAGGUGUGAGCCACCGCACCUGGCCUUGUUUUAAGCAUUUGGGGAUCAAUUUGCAGGGACCUAUUGGACUAUGGGGAAAAUGAGAUGGUUCUGCUCCUGUAUUUUAAUGUCUUUUUCCUUUUUGUUUCUUUACUUUGUAAUUAAGGCUUUGCAGACUUGCAUCCCAUAAUGUCUUCUUUUAUUUUUAUUUUAUUUUAUUUUUUGAGAUGGAGUCUCACUCUGUCACCCAGGCUGGAGUGCAGUGGCACCAUCUCGGCUCACUGCAACCUCCACCUCCUGGGUUCAAGUGGUUCUCCUGCCUCACCCUCCUGAGUAGCUGGGAUUACAGUUGCGUGCCACCAUGCCGGGCUAAUUUUUGUGUUUCUAGUAGAGACAGGGUUUCACCAUGUUGGCCAGGCUGGUCUUGAACUCCUGACGUCAGAUGAUCUGCCUACCUGGACCUCCCGAAGUGCUGGGAUUACAGGCGUGAGCCACCACACCCAGCCCAUAAUGUCUUCUUUUGAAGGGUGGGAGGUUUGGAAGAGUCUAACCUGUCUCUGCAAGCUCUUGAGUCCCGCCAAGAUGAUAUUUUAAAACGUCUGUAUGAGUUGAAAGCUGCAGUUGAUGGCCUCUCCAAGAUGAUUCAAACACCAGAUGCAGACUUGGAUGUAACCAACAUAAUCCAAGCGGAUGAGCCCACGACUUUAACCACCAAUGCGCUGGACUUGAAUUCAGUGCUUGGGAAGGAUUACGGGGCGCUGAAAGACAUCGUGAUCAACGCGAACCCGGCCUCCCCUCCCCUCUCCCUGCUUGUGCUGCACAGGCUGCUCUGUGAGCACUUCAGGGUCCUGUCCACGGUGCACACGCACUCCUCGGUCAAGAGCGUGCCUGAAAACCUUCUCAAGUGCUUUGGAGAACAGAAUAAAAAACAGCCCCGCCAAGACUAUCAGCUGGGAUUCACUUUAAUUUGGAAGAAUGUGCUGAAGACACAGAUGAAAUUCAGCGUCCAGACGAUGUGCCCCAUCGAAGGCGAAGGGAACAUUGCACGUUUCUUGUUCUCUCUGUUUGGCCAGAAGCAUAAUGCUGUCAACGCAACCCUUAUAGAUAGCUGGGUAGAUAUUGCGAUUUUUCAGUUAAAAGAGGGAAGCAGUAAAGAAAAAGCCGCUGUUUUCCGCUCCAUGAACUCUGCUCUUGGGAAGAGCCCUUGGCUCGCUGGGAAUGAACUCACCGUAGCAGACGUGGUGCUGUGGUCUGUACUCCAGCAGACCGGAGGCUGCAGUGUGACAGUGCCAGCCAAUGUGCAGAGGUGGAUGAGGUCUUGUGAAAACCUGGCUCCUUUUAACACGGCUCUCAAGCUCCUUAAGUGAAUUGCCGUAACUGAUUUUAAAGGGUUUAGAUUUUAAGAAUGGUGCUCUUUCAUGCCUAUUAUCAGUAAGGGGACUUGUAUUAGAGUCAGAGUCUUUUUAUUUAGGCCAGUUGUCAAGUGUCAAUAAAAGCAUCAUGUAAUUUA